AUGGAAUCUCUCCCUGAUGCCAUAGUCCAAUACAUCUUGUCCCAUAUCAAUAAUGCUCGCGAUGUGGCAGCUUGCAAUUGUGUUUCUAAACGAUGGAAGGACUCAAUGCCUUAUGUCAGAAGUCUCUACUUCCCUCGCAACUCAUUUGAUAGCCCUUCUGGUGGUGAAAGUCCUGACAAUAUUGUGAAAAGAAUGUUAUCAACAGUUGUGCAGUUAGAAGAGCUAGUUGUAUACAGCCCCUUUUCUGCAUCUGGCCUUGCUUCAUGGCUAUCACUUGUAGGUCUAUCCCUUUCUCUGCUUGAGCUUCGAAUGGACAACAUUGCUGACAAUCAGGCCUCCUAUGAAAGCCCAUCAAAAUUGGAUUGUAUUGGUGCCGCUAGGAAUUUGGAAUGUCUAAAACUGUGGGGUGUCUUAAUGAAACAUCCUCCAAAAUGGGAUGUUUUCCAAAAUCUUAGGACACUUGAAAUAACUGGUGCAAGAUUGGAGGAUCCUGUAUUGACUGUGGUGCUUCGAUCAUGUCCAUAUCUGACAAGGUUGCUACUGCUUGGAUGUGAAGGUGUUAGAUCAAUCUCAAUCGACCUGCCUUGUUUAGAGCAGUGUAAGCUGGAUUUUUAUGGUCUGGGGAACUGUUCGCUUUCGCUAACCUCGCCCAAAAUUGAAUCCCUUGAGGUACAAGGCUGUAGUUGGAUUAGGGUCCCUGAAACCAAGAACUUGAGAAAUCUUGCAAUAUCUAAUAGUGCUGGGAGAGUGUACAUGAUUGAUUUUGGAAACCUCCCAGCUCUGGAGUUCCUGUCUAUGAGGGGGGUCCAGUGGUGUUGGGAUGCAAUAUGCAAAAUGCUGAAAUUGGCAAGCGAGGUGAAGCAUCUUUAUAUGAAGGUUGAAUUCACUGGGGACUAUGAGGCUCUUCAACCCUUUCCAGAGAUUGAUUUUGUUGAUUUUUUCAAUAGUCAUCCUAAGCUUCACAAGUUUGACAUCCAUGGAGCCAUGUUUGCCGCACUUUGCCAGAGGAACAGUCUCAAACAUGUGGAUCCAGGAUUUGUGAUUCCAUGUUUGGAGGAGGUUGUGAUCACAGUGAGAUCACCUCUAAAUGCUGAACAAAAGAUGAGUACUCUUGAAUCCUUAUUGAUGUAUGGGAAAAAUCUUAGGACCAUGGCUAUCAAGAUUCUUCAGAUGAAGAGCUCUCAUAGCAGUGCUGAUGAGUUUUUUGAUGAGAUUUGCCGGUUGAGAUACAUGAACCAUGAGAUAGUUCGAAUAGAAUAA